ACAUAUAGGCCGGGCAGCCAUGGCGUACGCUGGACACACACCAGCCUAGAGCACAGUUGCACUUGCAGGAGCAGCUCUAGUGCGCACGAGUUGCAGCUGAAGCAGAGGCAUGGGGAUGGCGCAUGUCGCCCUGGCAGCGGUGCUGGCCAUGGCGGCAGCGGCGGCGACGGCGAGCGCGUCGCCGGCCCUGGGAAUCCAGCCGCUGUCCAAGAUCGCCAUCCACAAGGCCACCGUUCACCUUGACCUCCACCGCUCCUCCGCGUACGUGCGGGCGACGCCGGCGCUGCUCGGCAACCAGGACGAAGACACUGUGUGGGUCACCGUCAAGUACGGCUGGGAUAACCCCACCCCCGACGACUGGAUCGCCGUCUUCUCCCCCGCCGAUUUCAUCUCGGGCACGUGCCCUAACCCCGAGAGGUACCCCGCCGAGCCGCUGCUAUGCACGGCGCCGAUCAAGUAUCAGUACGCCAACUACUCGGCGAACUACCUCAAAGGUGGCAAGGGCAGCAUCCGGCUCCAGCUCAUCAACCAGCGCGCCGACUUCUCCUUCGCCCUCUUCACCGGCGGCCUCGAAAACCCGAAGCUGGUGUCGGUGUCGAAGAAGGCGGUGUUCAAGAACCCCAAGGCGCCGGUGUUCCCGCGGCUGGCGCAGGGCAAGACCCACGACGAGAUGACGGUGACGUGGACCAGCGGCUACGACGUCAGCGAGGCCUACCCGUUCGUGGAGUGGGGCAUGGCCGGCGCCGCCGGCACGCGCACGCCCGCCGGGACACUCACCUUCAACCGCGGCAGCAUGUGCGGCGAGCCGGCGCGAACGGUUGGGUGGAGGGAACCCGGGUUCAUCCACACGGCGUUCAUGAGGAACCUGUGGCCCAACAAAGAGUACUUCUACAAGAUUGGGCAUGAGCUCUCCGACGGAACCGUGGUGUGGGCUAAGCCCUACACCUUCCGGGCACCGCCAACCCCCGGGCAGAACUCGCUGCAGCGCAUCAUCGUCUUCGGUGACAUGGGAAAGGCGGAGAGGGAUGGAUCAAACGAGUUCGCCAACUACCAGCCGGGGUCGCUCAACACGACGGAUAGGUUGAUUGAAGAUCUGGACAACUACGACAUCGUCUUCCACAUCGGCGACAUGCCCUACGCCAACGGGUACCUCUCCCAGUGGGACCAGUUCACCGCACAGGUCGCCCCCAUCAGCGCCAAGAAGCCCUACAUGGUUGCAAGCGGCAACCACGAGAGGGACUGGCCCAACACCGGCGGGUUUUUCGACGUCGAGGACUCCGGCGGUGAAUGCGGGGUGCCUGCCGAGACCAUGUACUACUACCCGGCCGAAAACAGAGCAAACUUCUGGUACAAAGUGGACUACGGGAUGUUCCGGUUCUGCGUGGCGGACUCGGAGCACGACUGGCGGGAGGGGACUCCGCAGUACAAGUUCAUCGAGGAGUGCCUCUCCACGGUGGACCGCAAGCACCAGCCGUGGCUCAUCUUCACGGCGCACCGGGUGCUCGGCUACUCCUCCAACUCGUGGUACGCCGACCAGGGCUCCUUCGAGGAGCCCGAGGGCCGGGAGAGCCUGCAGAAGCUGUGGCAGAAGUACCGCGUCGACAUUGCCUACUUCGGCCACGUCCACAACUACGAGCGCACAUGCCCGCUCUACCAGAGCCAGUGCGUCAACAGCGAGAAGAGCCACUACUCGGGCACCAUGAACGGGACCAUCUUCGUCGUGGCCGGUGGCGGCGGCAGCCACCUGUCGGAGUACACCACCGCGAUCCCCAAGUGGAGCAUAUUCAGGGAUCACGACUACGGGUUCACCAAGCUGACGGCCUUCAACCACUCAUCGCUUUUGUUCGAGUACAUGAAGAGCAGCGAUGGCAAGGUGUAUGACUCCUUCACCAUCCACAGGGACUACCGCGACGUGCUCAGCUGCGUGCACGACAGUUGCUUCCCCACCACGCUCGCUAGCUGAUGGUCCGGCCGUCAUGGAGGGUCGUGCAAUAAAAUUGGUAAGCAGCACAAUUUAUAUGUGCUAAUAAACAAAUCUCGUGGGCGUGAGUACCUGGUGUCCAACCGUCAUGGGGUGUCAACCAAUAAAAUUGGUCAGCUGCACUGUUUAUACGUGCUAAUAAAAAGAUCUUGUGGGUAUGAGUUGGUGUUAGAGGUGCGCAUACUAAUCAUACAAGAGGCAGGUGUAUGCUAAUUAUGCUUUGUAACUCCUUGUUGUUAUAUUAUGGAUUAGUAAAAGCAUCACUUGUCGAAAAAUAAAGCCACCUUCUUCAGUAGAA